ACGCUGCGAGUGCCAGGGGCGGGGCAAGGGGAAACCCGCCCAUCCGGCAGGCGCCUCUUCUGAGGAAAGCCAAGCGUCAGCUCAGUCUUUAUUCUGAAUCCCAAAGCGGCGAGGUGGUCAAUAGAACGGUGCCUAUUUAGAAAAAGACUUGCUGCUGGGGGUACCUGGAGCAGAGACUGACACGCGUGUGCCCAAUCGCCUAUUGCACACCUCUAUCGGGGUAAACCCAGACGCCCAGAACGUUUCUUCAAGACUUAACUCCCUCAAUGCAGGUUGAGUUGACCUCACAAAUCUUACUAUUUCAGCCGCCUACCCUUGCGUUGCCCAAAAUCUGACUCUGACUGGGCCCGGCGGGUCAAGCACCACUUCCCAAAAUUACCUGCGAUCUGAGCGAGACCAGGGCCUAGGAACUACAGCUCCCAGAGUCCCCCCCGCGCUAAGGCGUCAGGGCAUUUUUGGCGGCUACUCCGGCUUAGAGAUGGCAGCCCCGUCAGGGUCUCAGCGCCGCUCUCUGUACAAACUGGUGGGCUCGCCGCCUUGGAAAGAGACUUUCAGGAAGAGAUGCCUGGAGAGAAUGAGAAACAACCGGGACAGGCUCUUGAGCAAGUACCGUGAGGCUGGAGGCAAUAGGCCUGGAAGAGCUCAAAACUCCUUUUUGGUGCAAGAAGUGAUGGAAGAAGAGUGGAAUGCUUUGCAGUCAGUGGAGAAUUGUCCAGAGGCGUGGACUCAGUUGGAGGAGCCAGUGGACCUGGCUGUGCUGGAGGAAAUCCAACAGGAGCUAAUUGAACAAGAACAAUCCAUCAUCAGCGAGUAUGAGAAGAGCUUGCAGUUUGACGAAAAAUGUCUGAGCAUCAUGCUGGCUGAGUGGGAAGCAAACCCCCUCAUCUGUCCUGUGUGUACAAAGUGCAACCUGAGAAUAACAGGCGGUGUGGUUGUGUGUCAGUGUGGCCUGUAUAUCCCAUCUCAUUGUCCAGACUUGACAGAGCAGAGGCUUCGUGCCUGUUUAGAGGAUCGUAUAAAUGAACACAGCACCCAUUGUCCUCACACACCUACAUUUUCAGUCACCGAAGGAACAGAGGAAAAGUCCAGUCUUCUCAUGAGCUGUCUGGCUUGUGAUACUUGGGCUGUGAUCAUCUAGAACUAGCAUGGACUUCACCUACUGGGCUGAAAACAAUCCAUUCCCCCUCAGGAGCUUUGUGUAUAUAAACCUAUAUAAUCUGUUUUGUAUUAAAAAAAAAAAAAA